UGAAGAAUAGCGACAAUAUAUGAUGUCCGGAUGACAAGACAAGGCAAGAGGACGGCAGCCAACUUGCGCUCGGUCGUGGAAUAGGCGCCCAGCGGCGAUCCUGGAGAGGCGCCCGGCACCGUGCACGUGCCACGAAGCUGUUUUGCUUUUUGGGAAAUUUUGCUCGGACUUAUCUCAAGCCAUUCCGCCUGUGCCUCCCUCCACCCCCCUCCAUCCCCCCCUGUCCUUCUCAUCCGCCAUGGCCAAGACAGCAGCAGACAAGAAGGUCGACAAAAAGGUCGACAAGAAGGCCGACAAGAAGGCCGCAAAGGCCGCAGCGAAGGCCGCAGCUCCGAAGGAGGCAGCCCCUGCAACGAAGCCUAUCUCGUCUAAGGAGAUUAUGGCCAAGGCCGGCUCCAAGGCGAAGCUUUCAAAGAAGGCAGAGAGUAGCAGUGAUGAGUCUUCCGAGAGUGAGUCCAGUGAUGAGGAGGCAUCAAAAAAAAAGGCGAACGGCAAGGCGAAGGCUGCGCCUCCUACGAAGCCAACGCCCGUAAAGGCGAACGGCAAGGCCAAGAAGGCCCCUUCAAGUGAUUCGUCCUCGAGCGAGUCUGAGGAUGAGAAGCCGAAGGCCGCGCAGGUGAAGGCGACGCCCAAGAAGGCGUCGUCUUCCAGCGACAGUGAAGGCGAGAGCAGCUCCGAGGAUGAGGCCUCGAAGAAGACUGCAGCACUCGCCAAGGCUGCCUCAAGCCCAGAGGAGAGCGACAGCGACUCGAGUGAGGAGGAGGCUCCCAAGAAGGCUACUGCCACCCUUCCGAAGAAGGCGACGCCUGCUAAGACCGCCCCUGCGAAGGCUGCAUCAUCAUCGUCGAGUUCUGAGGAGAGUAGCGACGAUGAGGCUUCGAAGAAGCCGCAACAAAAGGCCACAACGGCCAAGACCACUCCCGCUAAGAAGGAGGCGUCCGACGAGGACAGCUCUGAUGAGAGCUCAGAGGACGAGGAUGUCGUGAUGGCGGAUGAGACGACCAAGAACGGCAAGCGUAAGGCCAACGAUGAGGCUCCUGCACCCGCAAAAAAGGCCAAGCUGGCCACCAACGACGCCACAGCCACCGACGGCUCAGAGCCAACCAAGGCAAUCUUUGUCGGCAGGCUCUCCUGGAAUGUCGACAACGACUGGCUCGCGCAGGAGUUCGCCGAAUGCGGCGAGGUCGUCUCCGCGCGCGUGCAGAUGGAUCGUAACACCGGCAAGUCGCGCGGCUUUGGGUAUGUUAACUUCGCCACGGAGGAGGCCGUCGAGGCCGCGCUCAAGCUGAACGGCAAGGAGAUCGACGGGCGCCCAGUCAACGUCGACAAGAGCGUACCCAAAGCGCCCACCGAGCGGCGCGAGAGCCGUGCCCAGGCGUUUGGCGACAGCCAGAGCUCGCCGUCCGCGACACUGUUCGUCGGCAACCUCAGCUGGGACGCGACGGAGGACAUCCUCUGGGAGACGUUCAGCGAGUACGGCGAGGUGAAGAGCGUGCGCAUGCCGACGGACCGUGAGACCGGCAAGCCGAAGGGCUUCGGCUACGUCGAGUUCUCGGACGUCGACUUGGCGAAGAAGGCGUUCGAGGGCGCGGCAGGCGCGGAGAUUGCGGGUCGGGAGAUUCGCCUGGACUACUCCCAGCCGAGAGAUAGCAAUGGUGGUGGAGGUCGCGGCUUCGGUGGUGGAGACCGCGGUGGCCGUGGCAGGGGCUUCGGUGGUGGAGAUCGCGGUGGCCGUGGAAGGGGACGAGGAUUCGGUGGCGGAUUCGGAGGUGAUCGGGGUGGCGGACGUGGUGGAGGUCGUGGACGUGGCGGCGACCGGGGUCGCGGCGGUGGACGUGGUGGCCGAGGUGGCCCCCGCACCGGUGCCAUCGCACAAUCCGCGGGCACAAAGGUUACCUUCGAUUGAUUGGCUCGUCGUUGGACUGUUGUAUGCUUACUUAUGCUUUUAUCUCGACUGAUCGGUUAUUGCUAUGCAUGCUGCCCAUGCUUCGGUGGCUUCAUCUCUCGCAAUUUGGUGUGCUCAAAUGAUCAAAAACCAUUUCUUGGUUGGAGAGGUACGGUGAU